AAGCGCUGGAGUGAGUGUGAGUGUGUGUGUGUGAGUGUGUGAUGGUGUGAUGGUGGGAGCGGGGGGUCUGCGCUCCAGGACAGCGCUGCUCCCCGUGCAGUGACCAUGCUGAUAACGCUGUGCUACGUCUACCUGUGGGUCCGCUUCCAGAAGUGCUACACGGCGGUGAUCCGCAGCGCGCUGAGGCGGCUGAGCGCGAGCCGGAGCGGAGUGGCUUUCUGCGCCCUGCGCGAGCACAGCAGCCCCGCAGCCUUCCUCACGCGGGGCAACAAGGCCAUUUACAUCACCGAGCCGCAGGCGUGUGAUGACCUCAGCAAGUGGACGUUGCUUUUGGGGUCCUCUCUGAUUAGUGGUCCAAGAGUUGAGAAUAUUGCCUUUAUUAUAGAGGCUACAGCAGGACAGAGAGCGGACCAAUCACCUCAAAGAGUGAAUAAGAAAGGGCUGAAGUGGUCAGAUUAUUGCCUUCCUCUGGCCUGCAGUCCAGGGCAGCCCUACAGGGCAGUGGCUGAAGCCAGCCUCGACAACUUCAGCACUCUGGGAGUGGCUUUUCUGGAAGAUCGUCUGCAGAUGGAAAAUGGCCUCAUACCGGAAAAAAUAGUUUCAGUGUUACUCAGGGAAUCUGCACUGAAAGAACUCUUUGAAAAGCAGCAGUCGGACAAGGAUAAACAGCUUGAGUCACUCCCCGCCAGCGUGCCACAAGAGAUUGUUUUAUCCGCCGCUUCUCCGUGUGAGCAGGGGCCUGUGGAUGUGCUGCAGGUCCGCAGGAAAAGUAGCCUUCGUUUGUCAGCCGUGCGCCGUGACUCGGACGCAUCCAGUGGCGGCAGUGAGCGCAGACCUUUACGCGACCAGCAGGUGGAGUCAGAGCACACAGCAGAGCACCACCACAUGGAGGGCCACCACCUGCACCUGUCCAGCUGCCAUGAGUGCCUGGAGCUGGAGAACAGCACCAUCCUGUCGGUCAAAUACGCCUCAGUGGAGAACAUUCCCGACCUGCCAGAUGACUAUGAGUGCACGGGCGUGGACGAUGAGGAGGAAGCAGGCGAGAGCUUUUCGCCCUACUUCUCAGGCCAGAGCCAGCGAGUGAACACCAGCGGAAAACCUCCAAACGUGCUGGUGUUCACGGGAGGCUGCGAGGAACGUUACGAGCGCGUCCGCUCUCUGCUGACUGAGUGCAUCGACAUGGACAGCUACACUGUCUACCCUCUGCAGCCACAGCAGGCGUUGGGUGAGCCGUGGCUGGAAAGUGCCCUGCUGCUGGUGCUGGCCACUGACCAGCCGCUCACGCCCCAGCUGCAGCUGCGCUUCCUGGCCUACCUGAGCCAGGGUGGAAAGGUCCUGGGCCUGUCAAGUACUCUGUGCCCCGCCGGACUCCGACUGAAGCCCAGAGAGGCACAGAGGGGCAGCGUCUGCAGACUGAACUUCACCAAAGCGGACAGUACGGAGGUACAGCUGAGCGUGCUGGCCAGCGGGAGCGUAUAUGAGCGCGAGCCUCAUGAGGGCAGCAGCGCACAGGUGGAGCUGUGGGGGGAGCUGAGCACCGAGAGGAAGGAGGAGGAGGAGAAGGACAUGGUCAUCGUCAGAGUGACCCAUGGAGAGGACAGUGGGGAAGCCGUUCUGUGUCAGGUGCGUUUGGAGACGGCUCCGGAUGCUGAGCAGGUGCAGAGUUCUGCUGGUUUCUCUGAGCUAAAGAUGAGUAAUGCGAGACGAUAUGAGGUCCUGACGGAGAUCCUCACCUCUCUGGGCCUGAGCUGUGAGCUGAGCCAGAUGCCUCCACCCAGCCCCGUCUACCUGCUCUCCACCCAGCCGGAUCUGAAGAGUGCGUUCGUGCGCUGGUUGCGGGGGCAGGUGGAUGGAGAGGGUGUGCUGCACUCUCUGAAGACCAGCCUGAGAGUGGUGUGGGGCAGAGAAGAGCCAGCUGAGCUGGCUGAUGGAGAGCUGGCUCUGCACACUGAGGCUCCAGAGUUGCUCUCUGAACAUUUCAGCAUGCAGAUGUACAGCCAGCACCUGCAGAGCCAGCGACUGGGCCGCACCCUGCUGUACGCUGACGUCACGCCAACCACCAUGGACCUGCUGGAAGGAUUGAUGUUGAAGUUGCCAGAGGACAUGGGGUUAAUUGCCGUAGCAGCUCGGCAGACUAAGGGAAAAGGGCGUGGGGGAAAUGCAUGGUUGAGUCCGCUGGGCUGUGCCAUGUUCACGCUGCAUCUCCAGGUGGACAUCAGCUCACGACUUGGACAGAGAAUCCCCUUCCUACAACACCUUGCUGCUCUUGCUAUGGUGGAGGCUGUACGCACACUGCCUGGAUACGAGGACAUUGACCUGAGAGUGAAAUGGCCCAAUGAUAUUUACUACGGUAACCUGAUGAAGCUCGGAGGAGUGCUAGUCAACUCGACUGUAAUGGGAUCCACCUUCCAUCUCCUCAUUGGUUGUGGAUUAAAUGUGAGCAACAGUAACCCCACCAUCUGCAUAAAUGACCUGGUGGUGCAACAGAACUGGGAGCGGGGUGGCAGUCUGAAGCCCCUGAGCUCGGCUCAGCUCAUCGCUCGCUCGGUCACUCUGCUGGAGCAGCUCAUCUCCCAGUUCCAGCAGCAGGGGCCUCAGGCUGUACUGCCCCUCUACUACAAGAGAUGGGUACACGGUGGCACGCAGGUGCGCUUGUGGAGUGAGGAUGGUCCAGAGGCUGAAGUUGUCGGGCUGGAUGAUCAUGGCUUCCUGCAAGUGCGCUCUCGCGAGCAGGGUCUCGUCUCAGUCCAGCCGGACGGAAACUCUUUUGACAUGCUGAGGAACCUCAUCGUCACCAAGCACAACUAGACUCUCGACAUGAAGAUGACAGCACAGACUUAGCGCAGCUACAUCCGAUGUCAUAUCAAAACCUCAUAACUACUUUUUUGGUUAUUUGUUUUUCAUUUUUCCACCACUUGAAAAGACCAGCUGCCCUUUACAUUGAGUGACCGUUUCAUGACGAAUGCACCAGUAAAAAUGGUCCAACAUCACUUUGCAUAUAAUCUGAUACAAUUACUGUACAUUAAUAAUGCUAGUAAUGUAAGUUUUCUUUGCUUUUCCUGUCUAGUUACCAUUUUUUGGAGAUACAAGGUUUUGUUAUGACUGUGAUGAUAUACAGGGAACAUUUAAACACUUAAGAAGAUCAGGAAAGUUACAGAGAUCUUCUCUGAGAACUCAACAGUUGGUUCUGCCCUGCAUUUAACAGUUAUGUCUAGAUUUUGCUUUCCAAAACUCAGCUUAUUUCUUUGUUUUGUUUAAUGAAAGGACUUUUGAUUGAGUCCUGGGCUUUCUAAGAACUUUGUAGCACCUUUUUUGCAGACUUCUGAAAGAUUUGUAGCCUACAGUUGCUCAAGAUGUGCUUUGCUUUCUGCCUUUGGGGAAUUUCACAGUGUUGAGAUUAAUUGAUGGUGAAUUCAGAUUUUGUUUGAGAGAUUAGGAAUGGAUUAUAGUUAAGCUUAUGCUGUUGGAUUUGUUUAUAAGCUUUUAUGUUGUCAUUUUUGUUUAGCAAAUCUCACUUCUUACAUACUUGAACUUGGAUUUAAGGAAUUUCUAUUACAUUAUCGCUUAACAUGCACAUACGUCUAGUAAACUUGCGUAGUGGGUGGGCUGAUCUGUUGACAGAUUUGUGCAGAGAAUAAGAUCAUCCUGAGUUCAGCACUUAACACAUUUUUUUGCUUUGCUUUAAUUCCUUAGGCUACAAAUAUGACAUUUGACUGAAUAACCACUUAUGUUCAUCAUAAAAAGUACAGCUUUUUAAAAACAAUUUGCAAGACUGUCUAUACCAGCAUGCUGCAAUACAUGGUGAUCCGAAAGUGCAUGUUUGCUCUGAAAAACUUGCAAAAGCAUACGAAGUCCGCCUCCAUUUAGUCGUGCUUGUUGCUGCAGACAUCCUACUUUGACAAAAAAUAGAGCAGCAAUAAAGAACUACUCAUAAUGAUGGUUCUACUGGACAGACUUAGAAUUUAUUUGGGACCUUUAUUUUAUAAUAUGUCUGUAAAUGUUUCUGUAAGGUUGCAGCAGAGCACAUAAGUAAUGUAAGUCUUGUUAUACUGUGUCCUAAUACAGGGUUUUUUAAAGUAUCAAAAACAAUAGACUACAGUGUUUUACUUUAAGCCUUAUAUUUAAUCUGUAAAGUGUCGAUAGUUUGUGAUUAUUCGACUGCAGUUUGUAACUUCACACGAGCAUGCGUACCCUUUAUAGAUCUGAACUGAGGCUAUAGUUGGUGUGUCUGCAUUAACGAUUAUUUUUUCAAGGUGAUUUAUAUAUUUUGGUUCUCACAUCAGCAUAAAAACAUAAGAAAUGACUUCAUAUUUUGUAAUAAUUAACAGUUUGUAUACAGAUGUUAAUUAUUUAUUCUCUAUGUCGUCCCAGUGUUACAUAGAGUGGCUUUAAAUUCAAAUAAAAAAGUACUGACUGAAUCUUCCCUUGUA